AUGAUGAAUGAUCAAAAACUUUCCAACUCGGGCAGUACCACCAAACUCAUCUACUCGGGAGAAAUUGAGAACGGUUUAAUGCAUGGUAAGGGUGUGCUGCACUUCCCGAAUCAUGAAAAGUAUGAGGGAGAUUUUGUGUUUGGAAAGCGAGAGGGGCAUGGUAUCUAUUGGUUUGCCGAUGGUUCCAAAUGUGAGGGCCAUUGGGAGAACGAUGUCAUGAACGGACAUGGAUCAAUUCACUAUGCCAAUGGAAAUGUAUACACAGGGGAGAUCAAAGAAGGUCACAUCAAUGGACAUGGUACGCUCUCGUAUUCCGAUGGAGAUCAAUAUGAAGGCGAGUUUGUGAGAGGACGAAUGAAUGGAGUGGGAACUUACAUGUAUGCAGACGGAGACAAGUAUACGGGUGAGUGGAAGGACGAUUUAAGGCACGGACAUGGCACCAUGAUAUUUUGUUCAAACGGGAACGGAGCUACAGCAGUGACAGAAACGUAUGAAGGUCAAUGGUAUGAAGGCAAAAUGCAUGGUCAAGGAAAAUACAUUUACAAUGAUGGCAGUGUGUACAGUGGCGAGUGGCUUGAUAACAAAAUGCAUGGCCGAGGAUUGUAUCAUUAUGUCAACGGAAACAAGUAUGAAGGAGAGUGGAAAGAAGAUUUAAGGCAUGGACAUGGUUGUUUCACAUCCAUCGAUGGGAGCUUCUAUGAAGGUGCGUGGAUAAAUGACCGAAAAGAUGGAGAUGGUAUUCUGACUCUUGCUGAUGGGUCCAUUUUCAAAGGCAGAUGGAGACACGGUGUCAUUGAAGGGAGUGGAUUUUUUCAACCUGCUCCUAAUUCCAUUUGGAAUAAACCAGACUUGUAG